AUUCUCUCCCCUCCCUAAUCCAUCAUCGAUUUCAUAUAAAAGGAGUUGAAUCAAAGCUUCGGGAGAUCAUAAGUCUGCAGCCUCUUCCCCAGGAAUGGAUCUCAGACUAAUUCUCGUUUUGUGCGCUCUCGCCGCCACCCGAGUCGCUUCACAAUCGGACAUCCACAAUGGACAAUGUGCCAAACAAUGUAAAUCCUCCGAAUUGAACGAAUACCCCAAUGGCCUUACUCAUGUAUACAAAUACUCAACACGGACUCUGGUAAACUCAUGGAACACUGAAAUUGAUGUUAAAGGUGAUGUUCUCCUUACCCGAUUAUCUACCUGUGAUUACUCAUUGGAGCUUCGUAACGUUGCCAUCAAUGGUCUUCCAGAGUCAAGAUCAUGGGAACAACAAUUGGCAGCCCGAAGUUUAAGAUUCUCCUGGAUCGAUGGUGAAAUCACUGAUGUUUGCCACCACCCAGAGGAAGAAGAAUGGGUUAUCAAUGUUAAGAAGGCCAUCAUCUCCUCUCUCCAAGUUGUUGGAACCAGUGGUUAUGUUUCAAAGGUUGAACGGGACAUUCUUGGUGAUUGUCAAACAAUUUACCAACAAGGAGAUGUAACCAAUGACCGAAUUGUUAUGUUCAAGUCAAAGGAUAUUUCUUCAUGUGAAUACCACACCGAUGAUAAACUCGCUUCCGCCAUUGAGACUAUUUUGACUCCAGGUAAACCUGAAUACCAAUGUAAACAAACCUGGUCAUCUCAAUACGUCCUCAAGUCCGUUAAAUGUGGUCAUGUUGCUUCCGCUCAAACCAAUGUCAUCGCUAAUCUUACCAUGGAUUAUGUCAAGACUGAAUCAAGAUCUUUGGCUGCUCCUCUUGAAUCAUUCCGACGAAGUCAACUUCAUGCUUCUCGAGUUGAAUUACCAAAGAAAACCAUCACCGAAGUAACCAACUCAUUGACUCACCUUUGCCAAUCCGUUGACAACCAAAUCAAGUCACAAUCUCCAUCAGCUUUCCGAGAGUUUGCUCAAUCAUUGGAAACUUUGAAAUACGAUGAAUUGAAAAAGGUCUGGAACUCAUUGAUUUCUGGUCAAAUCCACGAGUCUUGCUCAAACGAUCGAGUCAAGAUCAUGUUCGUCGAUGCUAUCCUUCAAAGCCGAACUGGUUCAGGUCUUAAGCUUUUGGUUAAAGAUUUGUACAGUCAAUACGUUUCAGAAAUGAAAUUGAAGUCCGCCAUCUACUCACUUAUCUACCGACCAUCACCUUGUGCCGAAACCAUGGAUGCCAUCACUGAGCUUCUUCGAGGUGAACGAUCAUUUGUUCAAACUCUUUUCGGAAUGACCGCUGCUAUCCAACGAUACUACGAACUUACCCAUGAUCGAGUUGUUGCCUCCGUUGCUCUUGACAUGGUUAUCGCUCGACUCCACAAGGCCAAUGAAGACCAAAAGGUUGUCAUUGUCCGAGCUUUGUCUAACGUUCGAUUCGAUGCCGAGAAAAUCAUCAAGGCUUUCGAGAAGUACUUCGACUCUGCCAAACCUGAACUCAAAGUUGCCAUCAUUGAGACUCUUAACUUAGUCGACUCAUGUCACGAAUCAGUUUACGGUAAAAUCCGACAAAUGGUUCUUGAAACCAGCCAACCAAAUGAAGUCCGAACCCGAGCUCUUAAGGUUUACCUUCGAUGCGCUGAUGAUGAAGCCGUUUCACAACUUAAACGACACAUUGAAUCACGAUCAGAGGAUGAACAUUUCAUCUCAUACGCUGACUCUUACCUCCGAAAUGCUUUGACCACCAUGAACCCAGACAAACAAGUCGUCAAGGUGAUUGCCAAUCUUGGUCAAUCAUCAUGGAAAGAACCUAAAUUGACCAUGGCCCGAAACAUUGAAUUCUCAAAGAUGACACCAGAAGGUAAAUUUGGUCUCAACUACGAAAUCGACUCAAUCGUUGAAAAUGGUCAAGAAGCUCCAGUUUGGAUGGUUCUUAACUCAUCAAUCCCAAUCCGACGAGUCAACGCUCUUAACUUCGAGAUUGGUGUUCGACAAGAAGGUUUAGACAAAUUCGCCACCAAAUUGUUCAACAAACUUUCACAAAUCAAGGCCCAAAACUGGGAAAAGAUCAUCAAGGAAGCCAAAGACCGAAAAGACUACCAACCAAUCGUCAAAGAAUUGACCCAAAUCAUCGAAGAGAUCCAACAAUUGGCCGCAAAGACCGCUAAAGUCUCUGCCUACAUCAAGAUCAACGGUGUCACCCUCUUCUACAUGAAUGCUGCUGAAAGCUCAUUCGACCGACGAGAAUCUCUCCAACGAUUGAUCAUUGAAAACACCGAAGCCCGAAAAGCCAUUGAAGCUUCACUUGGAUGGAUGCUCAUUGACUACAAGGUCAACUCUCCAUUGGCUUCAGGUCUCACCCUCCGAUACAAACACGAAGGUUCAAUCAUCCCUGGUCUCAAAGCUUCAUUGAAAGCCCAAUCUACCUCAAACGACCACGUUUUCGGUUUCUACCCCAACUUCGCCGUUGAAUUCGUUUACGGUCGAGAAUUGGUUCUCCAAAAACCCGUCGCCAGCAAACUCGUUAAAUUGAACUUGAACUCUGAUGUUGUUCUUGAUGGUCUUCACUCUCUCAUCCGAUCUGGUGAAGGAAAAGCCCACAAGUUCGUUCUCAACACCAAAGAUGAAAUGGAUCUUCUUCGAUUGGAAGUCUCAAAGGUCACUCGAGACGCCAAUGGAGUCGAAAUGAAGGAAUCAGCUUACCCAAGCCUCCGACAAAAAUGGUGCUCAACUGAAUACACUGAAAAGAUCUUCGGAUUUGUUUUCUGUUUCGAUGGUCAAGAAGAAGUUAACGCUCUUCGAAUGAAGGAAGAUGCUCGAAUCAUCCGACGAUUAUACGCCAAGAAAACCGACAAGAGUCUCAAGACUUACGAAUUGAUUGUUAAGAUGGACGAAGGUGUUCGAGGUUUCAUCCUUGACACUCCAAACACCAAAGUUAACCGAAAGGUUGAAGUUAUGGUUGGACGAUCAGGAAACUUCAAUGUUAAGAAAAACUUUGCUGGUAAAUUCUGGGUCUCAGUUAACUUACCUGUUAAAUCAGUCGAUGUUAAUGUUUCAGCUGCUUUCCCCACUGGUCAAGAAUGGAUCGUCACUCUUGAUUCCCGAGUUGACCGACAACUUCACUCUGCUCGAAUCACCUUGGCUCCAAAAUCAAACCGACAACACAUUCUUAACUUGAUGGUUAACUCACCUGCUCUCCGAGAAAAGGUUGACUACGAUCUUACCUUCACCAGCCCAAUGGAAGCUGAAAAUGAAAUGAUGGCUCAAAUUCACUCAAACCGAUCAGGUAACAAGCGAAACCGACUUGCCCUCGUCAAGGUUAUCCGAAACCAACAAGAUAAAAACAAAAUGGUCAAGAUUGAACUUGAAUUGAACAACGAGCGAUCUGAAAAGAUCAUCUCACUUUUGGUCGAUGGUUCAAUCAAGGGAACUUACCCAACCAUCAAUGCCAUCCAAUACAACGGUAAAGUUGAAUACCGACGACGACAAGGAAAGAUGGAAACCGUUCAACUUAACGGUAACCACAAGGUUGACACCACCGGAGAAGCCAAGGCUUUCACCAACAACUGGGAACUUAAGACCACCCAAUGGCCACGAGUUAACGGUAAAACCACUCACAAGAUGUUCUUGAAGAUGGGCGAACAUUUGGAAAACGAGGUUGAAGCUCGAUGGGGCCGAGACUACGAACAAGAAUCAACCCUUAACCGAGUCAUCUUCCGACAAGUUUCAUCCGUCAAAACUGGUGCCAAGAAUGUUGAAAUGAAAACCAAUGUUAUCAUUGAGAACCGAGCUCGACAAUUUAACCACAAGGUUGAAAGCAAGAUCACUUACGUUCCAAAAUCAAUGGAAAUGUUCAAAUACGAAAUUGUUCACACCGACUUGAACCGACCUGAAAACAAUCACGCUUUGGUUAUCGACCACAAGUUGAUCGCUCAACAAGAAGGUAGCUUGUACGUUAAUGUUUCAUCAAUUGGAUCACGAAGUGUCAAGACCACUUACUCACUCAACAAAAUGGCUCCUAAAUUGAACGCUAUCUACAAGAAACAAUCAGCCGACAAGACCAUCCGAGGUUACCAAGUUUCUGCUUCUCUUAACCGAGAAUCAGCUAAGAAAUCAGCUGACUUGGAAAUCACCAACUUCCCUGAAAACAAACAAAUUCUUAAGACUGAAUUCGACUUGACCAAACAACGAUCAAAGGCUAUCGGUUCCCUUAAAGUAACUUUACGAGAAUCACCAAUUGUCAACGCUGAAUACGAACGAAGCGCCGACCAAAUCUCUGGUAAAAUGACUGUUCCUCGAACUGGAUCACUUGAAGCCAACCUUGACCGACGAAUGAAAUCAAUCCGAUUCAUCACCAAGAACUCAAAUGACUGGACUCAUGAAUUUGUUGCCUCCGCUGGUGAAGUUAAGGAAUUGAAAUCUAAGACCCUUACUGGUGUUUCAUCUGUACCAAACUUUGAAAUUCACUACAACCCAAUCAAAAAAUCAAUGAAAUUGUCACUUCGAUCAAUGAAGACCGAUUUCCACUCUGAACUUAAAGACUACACUAGUGAACCAGUUUUACUAGUUGAAUUCAAGUGCGCUGAACACGCUGACAAACAUUUGACUCAAUUCAAAUGGUUGAGGGAAUCAUUCAUGUUCACCUCUGAACACGAAUCAAAGGGAAUUAAGGUUUACAACACUGAGAUCCUUACAGAAGGAAAACCAAACGAGAAAAUCAUCAAGUUUAACUUUAAGAAUGGUAAAUUCGAGACUCGAGUCCAAAAUGUCUACAACUACGAUCAACGAACCCUCAAGACUGACUUGUCAACCGCUGACAACUUCGAAACCAAGAUCAACUCUCGAGUUUCUCUCCCCGCUCAACGAGGUCGAUUCUCUCAAAUGGCCAAAUCUGAGCCAUCAAAGGUCGACAUGAAGGUUAACAUCAAGAUGAACGGACGAGAAACCUCAAUGAUCUUCAACAACGAACAAUUGACCAAAUUACAUCUUCAACACCGAACCCGAAACAGUGUUCCAUUUGUUGUUGACAGUAAAUUCGAAUCAGAAAAAUGGACCAUCAUUGGUAACGCCGGUGAACUCAAAUACAACUUGAUCAUUGUCCCACAAUCAGCUGUCAAGUCAAUUGAUUUGGGUCUUGAAGGUUACGGUAAACAAGCCAAGCUCAACUUAGCUUUGAACAAGGAAUCAUCCCAAUGGGUCGCUGUCGCUGAAUCAAAACUUACCAUCAACGGUGAGAAGAAAUUCGACGAGAAAAUUGAAGGUAAAUUCGCCAAAAAUUUGAUCGCUGGUCCACACUCAGUCUCAAUCAGAAACUUCGAACAAGAAAUGAACGUUGUCUACAAACUCGAUGAUAACAAACUUGAACUUACCUUGGUCGCCACUGAGGAAGGUCAAAAGCUCAUCAAUGCCAAAUUCAACGGUGACAAAUUCACCCGAGGAAAAGUUUGCAGCGUUUCAGGUAAACUCGAACUUUCAUCUGAAAAAUACCAAUCACUCCGACAAACCGUCUACGAACUCAAAUACAACCGAGAUGGACGAAAAGUUGACGCUCAAGUUGAAAAGAAAGGUACCAACCCAAUGACCAUGAAGCUUUCAGCUGAUAUCGCUCGAGAAUCAGCUAAAGUUAACGCUGAAAUCAAUGGACGAACCGCUUCAGGUAAACAACGAAAACUUGUUGUCGACUACAACCGACUUAACAAGAUCGAUUUCUCCGUCAAACUUUACGACAUGUCUAAGGUUGACUCUGAACUCGGAGUUUCCAUUCCUUUGGUUAAAAUCGCUGAAUUCAUCGGUAACGAAGCUUCACUUUACCUUAAGUCAAAAUCUUUCGACUCAGAGAUCGCUCUCUCACUCAAGGCUCCAACCAAGACUUCAGUCACCGGUUUAGCCAACAUCAAGGUCCAAGGACAACAAAUGCUCCAAUACAACUUGGCCAUUAACGAUGGUUCAUCAAUCCAAUUCUUUGGUGCUGAGAAACUCAACAACCAAUUGACCAACCCAAUCGCCGUUUCCAAUGAAAUCAUCUUCAAAGGUAAACAAAUCUUCACCCACCACGUCUUGGUCUCAGAUAACCUCAUCUCUCUCAAGACUGAAUCACCAAACCAUUUCAAGAUCAACCAAGCUUUCAUCAUGAAAGAAAAGCUUCCUGAACUUUUGGGUAAAUACUGUUUCGGAAACUCUUGCUCAAAGAUGACCUCAAAAUGGACUCUUGGACAAAAAGGUUUAAUCGAAAUGAACAUUGAAGGACCAAAAGGUGCCGAACAAAAGUACGACAUUUACUUCAAAUGGAACGGAGAAGAAGGUAAAGAAUAUGGUUCAGUUCUUUUCGUUAACAACCAACGAAAAUACGGUCACGAAUGGUCUCGAUUAGUCAAGAACCAAUACAACACCGUUUACGAAAGCAAAAUUACUCUUCCAAAACGAGUUAUGACCAUCACCACCACCAAAGAUGUCAAGACCUCAUCUGAUGAGAAAUUCAUUGGUUCAUACACCAUCAUGAUCACCCCAAAGGAAAACGCUGAGACUCUUAAGAUCACCUUGGAACGAUCCGUUAAACGAUCAGCCAACAACUUGAAAUACGAUCAUCACAUUACCUUUGAACACAAAGCUCUUACCCGACCAAUUAAAAUGAUCACCUCAAUGAACCUCGUUAAAUCUGAUGCCCAACGAUACAACCUUUUGGGUGUUAAAUCCGCUGACAUGAAAAUGACCCUUAACUAUGACGGUGAAAACAGUCACGAUCUUAACUCUGCCCUUUUCUGGGAAAUUGUUGAAGACAAAUUGACCUACAACUGGAGAGUUUGGCAAAAAGAGGAAAAAAUUGACUUUGGAUGCAAAGGUGAACAACUCACAACCGGAAGCAUCAAAGCUAAAUUAUUCCACUCACUUAAGGACUACUCAUGCCACUGGGUUGACCGAAAUGGAGAACGAAAGGAAAUCAAGCGAGAGCAAAAAAUCUCAAUGGGAUCAGAGAUUCUUGGUGGUCUUCCACGAAUUACCUUCCACGAUAACCUCAAACACCCACUUGGUUCAUACUUCUACAACGGUACCUUCCACCUUUUCGAGGCCAUUAAAGACGCAACCAUUGACUUCCACACCCAAGACGGACAACGAUACCACCUCCAAGCUAAAUUCGAUACCACCAAGCAAGAAAAGUGUUUAGAAAUGUCUCUUUUCGAGAAAAAUAACGAAGAAGAAAAGUACGGUCUUCGAAGUUGUUUCAACCCAAAAGCUCGAGCAGGUAAAUCAGUUUUCCUCUUCGAAAUGAUCACUUUCGGUAAAAAGGUUAACAUGGCUGACGGUGAACGAAAAGCCACUUUCACAAUCAACCGAAUGAAGGACUUUGCCAGCGACUAUCUCAUCUCACUCAUCUGGGACACCAACACCAUGGCUCAGGCCACUUACCAAGCCAUUGAUGCCGUUGAACAAAUGUCAAACAAACGAACUGCCAUGAUCAACGAACGAGACGCUGAAUUGAAGGCCAAGAUGGACUACAUUCGAUCAUCUCUUGGAGAACACAUCAACAAAGCCAAGCGAGAAUUUGACAACCAAGUCGACGAUUUAAGCAACGAAAUGAGACCUGAAGUAGAAAUGUUGGUUCGAGCCAUCAACAAACUCGCCAAAGCCACACGACCCAAACGAGCCAUCUCAUUGAUCCGAAGUGAUGAACAUUCAAAGGCCGACCUCACCUCACCCAUGUCUUACGAAUGGAAAGAAUAUGACAUCGACAAUGGUCGACUUGAAUUAAUUCUUCGAAAUGUUGAAGCUCAAAAGGUUCCUCAAUUUGUUUACAAAGUUAUUUUUCGAAAUUAUUUGACUCAAGUUUAGGACAAUUUACAUAGAUAAUUCUAAUUAACAAUCUAACUCAACCAAACUAGAAACAAAUUAAUUUGCUCCAAGUUAAUUGCGUUUUAUUUUUUCUCUUAAAAAUCUUUUAUCCUUUCACCUUUCACCAACCACCCACUUUCCCAAUCUCUCUCUCUCUCUCUCUCUUCCCUUUUAAUUUUUAAUUGUAAUUCCAAUUGUUUUGUUAAAUUGUAACAAUAUGAUUGAAAAAAAAACACUCAACACAUAACGAUGUCUAAAUUUUAUGGUUGUUACCCUGUUCAAUAAAUUAUAACAUUUCAAAUUA